AUGCACGGCACCACAGUAUGCAUAAGCAGAGCACAACAGCAACAACGCAGUAAGAAGCAACUGCUGCAGCAGAAGCAGCAGCACAGCAGCAAUACGAGCAACAGCAGCAGCAACAACAGUAAUAACAGCAGCAGGAACAACAACAACAACAGCAGCAGCAGCAAGAGCAGCAGCAACAACAGCAGCACCAACAGCAGCAGCAGCAGCACCACCACCACCACCACCAGCAGCAACAACAGCAGCACCAACAGCAGCAGCAGCAGCAGCAACAGCAGCAGUGGACCGUGUAUGAAGUGGAAGGGAAGAGCAUUACAUGCAGCAGCAGCAGCAGCAGCAGCAGCAGCAACAGCAACAGCAGCAACUGCUGCACAGACAGUGGAAACAGCAGCAGCACCUCCAACAGUAACAGCGCAACAACAGCCGCAGCAGCAACAGCUCCAGCAGCAGCAGCAGAACCACCAGCAGCAGCAGCAGCACUCCCAGCAGCGGCCUCAGCAGCAGAACCCCCAGCAGCAGCAGCAGCAGCCCCAGCAGCAGCAGCAGAACCCCCAGCAGCCACAGCAGAACCCUCAGCAACAGAAGCAGCAGCCCCAGCAGCAGCAGCAGCAGCCCCAGCAGCAGCAGCAGCAGCCCCAGCAGCAGCAGCAGCAGCCUCAGCAGCAGCAGCAUGAAGAGUAUUUGACCUCAAGGAAGAGGCUGAGCCCUAGCAGUGCUGCUGCUGCUUUAAGGGGCUGUCUCUCCGCAGCAUAA